UGCCCCGCCCCGGCCAAAGAGCGUCCAGGUUCGCCGGCCCGGCAUGGCCCGCUACGAGGAGGUGCGCGUGUCGGGCUUCGGCGACUUCUGCGGGGCGGUGGAGCAGCACAGAGACAAGACCAUCUUCGUCUACUUCACGGGCAACAAGGACGCCGAGGGCCGCAGCUGGUGCCCGGACUGCGUGCAGGCCGAGCCUGUGGUCCUGGAGGCCCUCAAGCACAUCCCCGAGAACGCCGUGUUCAUCUACUGCCAGGUCGGGGACCGGCCCUAUUGGAAAGAUCCCAACAAUGAUUUCAAGAAGAAGCUAAACCUGACUUCGGUGCCGACCCUGCUCAAGUACGGGACGCCUCAGAAGCUGGUGGAGUCAGAAUGUCAGAAAGCCAGUCUGGUGGAGAUGCUGUUUUCAGAGGAGGAUUAAGCAAGAGGCGCCAGCCCCGAUAUCGCGACUGGAAAGGAACCUCGUGAUCAAUUGUGUGAUAAUAACAUUAGCCAAAAUAAUGUUUAGAAAGCCUCUAAUGAAUGUUCUGCAAAUACAGCGCCCUUUGUAAAUGA